AUGAGAGUUUAUCUGCCAUUGAGAAUGUCUACGAAAACAUAUCAAGACGCUGUGGCUGCUCUGAACUCACUACAAUCUAACUAUGCCAACAUUAUGGCAAUCAGACAGUCUGGAGACCGCAAAAAUCAGAUGAACAUAUGGGAAAUGCAAGAAUGGUCUCGCAGGAUUGGUUACUCGACUGCAAAUUUCGAUAGGUUAAAUGUAGUCCAUAUCACUGGAACUAAGGGGAAGGGAUCCACGGCUGCGUUCACUUCUUCCAUUUUGCAGAUGUACAAGGAUAAGUUACCAAAGAUUGGACUUUACACGUCACCCCAUUUGAGAUGUGUCAGAGAAAGGAUAAGAAUCAAUGGUGAUCCGAUUUCAGAGGACAAAUUCGCAAAGUAUUUUUUUGAAGUAUGGGACAGUCUGGAUAGUACGUCUUCGUCUUUAGAUAAGUUUCCACAUAUGGUUACUGGCAGUAAACCGGGAUAUUUCAAAUAUCUCACUUUGUUGUCUUUCUAUAUAUUCAUGCAGGAGGGUUGUAAUUGCUGCGUUUAUGAAGUCGGCGUCGGAGGAGAAUACGACAGCACCAAUAUCAUUGAACAUCCGAAAGCAUGUGGAGUUUCUUUAUUGGGAAUUGAUCACACGUUUAUGCUGGGCGAUACUAUUGAAGAGAUUGCAUGGAAUAAAGGUGGUAUUUUCAAAAAGGGAUCACCUGCGUUUACUGUUCCCGAUCAACCGGUUGCCGGCUACAAAGUAUUGCAAGAAAGGGCAAAAGAGCGUCAUACCACUUUGCAAGUAUGCCCUAUAUACAGUCAACUGAAGAAUGUAAACUUAGGUAUAGCUGGUGAUUUUCAAAUAGUAAAUGCAUCUUUGGCAACCAGCUUAGCUUCUCAGGCGUUAAAUUCAAUGGCCUUGUUGGAUGAACCUGUCGCUAUGAAUCCUGACGCAGAAUUGCCAAAGCCUUUCAUCGAUGGUCUGUUGAACACCAAAUGGGAAGGUCGUUGUCAAACACUGCAAAGGAGCAAUAAUACUUGGUAUAUUGAUGGUGCUCACACCAAGGACAGUAUUGAAGCCGCAUCCAAAUGGUUCAAAGACACCGUUAAGUCAAGCUCAAGAAAAACAGUUUUGAUAUUUAAUCAGCAAAGCAGAGAUGCACAGGCUCUUCUCGCUAAUCUUUAUGAUACAAUAUAUCCCGACGUUAAGUUUGAUGAAGUCUACUUCACCACUAAUGUCACAUGGAAAUCUGGUAAAUACAGUUCGGACUUAAUAUCCAUGAAUACCUCGAAAGAACAGGUCGAAAAGUUGGAAGUUCAACUUAAUCUCGCUAAGAAGUGGUCAUUUCUCGACCCCAAGGCAACAACGCAUGUAACUGCUGAUAUCGAAUCAGCAAUAGAAAAAAUUGAACAAAAUAACCAAUCUGUAAAUAUUUUUGUCACUGGUUCGUUGCAUCUCGUCGGAGGGUUGUUGGUGGUAUUUGACGGACAGAAUAAUUGA